AAUCUAGGGAUCACUAUAGUUUUAUUUUUAACCCUGAAAGAAAUAUCAGGACGGCUUCAUCACGGAGUCUUUAGAGUUUUUUUCUAUUGAGGACGACGAUCUCGAGAUGGAUAUACUACCGAGCGGAAAUAUAUUCAACGAACUAGAGCGCAUAUGCACAACUGGCUAUUUUUCAUCACAGCCGUCGAUUGAGGAUCAAUGGCAACAGACAUGUUAUGAACUGGAGGGCUAUUUGCGCGACGAGCCCAAGCAUCAGAACUACAAAAAGAUACAUACAGAUCUCGAUUCGGCUUGGGACAUAUUCUCAACACCGGCACGCUUGUUGGAGGAGCUUAAAAUAAAGGAGAGCCUGGACACGAUAUCGACUACCUCAUCCGUGUCUUCCAACUGUUCAGGCAUAUCGUGGGACAGCAAUGGGUCACAGGCCCUCAGCUGUGCGGUGCUGGUUAAGCAGGAGCGCAUUGACGAGGACGACGAGGAGGCGGCACAUGUAUUAUCUUGCAAUGAGAAACUGGACGUGCUGUUUGCGGCGCCACCCUCAGCCAUAUCGCCUAAUCCUAGUAUCUGCAGCGCCGGCAACAUGACGCCCACCAGCAAUAGCAACUGCACCGUCAGCAGCACCGCCGUGAGCAUAAGCAGCAGCAAUUCAAACUGCAACACUAUUACCCUGAGUUCUAGUAACAGUAGUGCGCCGGCUAUUAAGGUUCGAGUGGUGCAGGCUAAAGCGCAGCGGCAUUAUCAUUUGGGUCAAGGUCCCGUGCACGACUUUCUGCUUCCCCCUCUAACGCCGCCCUCAUCUCCCGAGUCGAACCUACGCAGUCAUAAUUAUGCACAGUCGCCACAGCAGCGCCCGCAGCAAAUCGAUGCCAAUGAGUUGGCCGCGAUCCUCAAGCAGCAGCAGCAACGACAACAGACUUCAGCUGCAGCAGCAUCAGCAGCAGCAGCAAAUUCGACACCCGCGUCCGCCAUUCUGCACUUUAGCAGCCAAUCGCCCGGUGCCAAGAAUUCCUCAUUGCCGCAAACCACAACGUUGCAGCUGCAGCAGCAGCAGCAACAGUUGGCAGUGCAACACUUAAGCAUAUCGCCGCAGGUACUAAACAAAACUAGUAAUAGCAGUUCGGCAAGCAGCAUCAACAGUAAUAACAACAGCAGUAGCAAGAGCAGCAGCAACGUUGAUCAGACGUCGAACAACCACAACAACAUUCCGCGCAGUACAAUCGUGCGGCUGACCACAGCCAAUGGAACACCUGGAGCCGCCGGCAUCAGUCUAGCACGUGUCAUACAAAUGCAAAACAAUGGCAAUGCUAAUGUUGCUGCCGUGCUUAGCGCCGCAGCCAACGGCACUAACGACAACAAUAACAACAGCAGCUCCAAUCUUGGCACUGCAGCAUCCAUGCAACAGCAAUCGGCUGCAGCUUCACACCAACAGCAACAGCAGCAGCAACAGCAAACGCCACAAAUUGUUGCCGUGGUCACAUCGCUGUCUGAAAAAUCAACAACUGCUUCUACCAAAAAUCACCACCCGCGCCAGCAUCACAUCGAUCACAGUCCGGACGCCAAACGUCGGAUACACAAGUGCCAAUUUCUGGGCUGCAAAAAGGUCUACACAAAAAGCUCACAUCUGAAGGCCCACCAAAGAACCCAUACAGGUGAGAAGCCGUACAAAUGCUCCUGGGAUGGCUGCGAAUGGCGCUUCGCUAGAAGCGAUGAGCUAACUCGACAUUAUCGGAAACACACUGGAGCCAAGCCCUUUAAAUGUCGCAAUUGUGAUCGUUGCUUUUCGCGCUCCGAUCACCUGGCCCUCCACAUGAAGCGCCAUAUGUAAAGAGAGAUCUAAGUAGAAAGUGAGCAUAACAGCAACUGUGUGCCAUCA